AUGCUGGACAAAGACAGGGCAAAUAGUAUGAUAAGAUUUUGGGCUAUUUCUGAGAGAGUGCUGUUAGUCAAGUUGAAGGGGCAUCCCUUCAAUUUGUCUAUCAUUCAGGUAUAUGCUCCAACAUCAGAGCAUACCGAGGAGGAGGUUGAGGCAUUUUAUGAGGAAGUGGAACAAGCAAAAAAGCAAUGUAAAUCACAGGACAUUGUGAUGAUCAUGGGAGACUUGAAUGCCAAAGUUGGGAAAGGAAGAGAGGGUGAUACAGUUGGACCACAUGGGCUUGGAGAAAGGAAUGAAAGAGGUGAAAGCUGGAUCGAAUGGUGUCUGGAAAAUGGUCAGGUCAUUAUGAACACUUGGUUUCAACACCAUCCAAGACGAUUAUACACUUGGAUAAGUCCAGGAGACAGUGCAAGAAAUCAAAUAGACUAUAUAACGAUCAACCAGAGGUUCAGGAAUGCAGUAAUGCAGGUGAAAGGUUACCCAGAAGCAGAUUGUGCCAGUGAUCAUGUGCUGUUGAUUUGUCAUCUGAAGAUAAAGCUGAGGAAACUGAAGAAAUCCAAAAUAACACCAAAGUUAGAGGUAUCCCAAAUAAGUAGGAAUGAGACACUAAAACAGCAAUUUAAUGUGGAGGUCCAAAACCGUUACAGUGUUUUGGAAAAUGAAAGUGAAACACCUGAUGAGUGGACUAUUUUUCGUGAUGCCAUUGUAUACGGAGCAGAAAGUGUCAUUCCAAAGACCAAGAAAAAAGCAAAACAGAAAUGGAUGACUGAUGAAAUACUUCAACUGAUGGACAAGAGACGGGCUGUAAAGCAUGAAAAUGAUAAGUACAAGGAACUAAACAAUAGGAUCAGGAAUAAAUGUAGUGAGGAAAAGGAAAAAUGA